AAACCAAUAAACACCACUUUCGAUUACAAUCAUUAGAGGUUAUGUUAUGUUUAAACUUAAAAUUAACUUCGAAAUCUUUUUAUUAUACCUAAUAAACGAUGGCAGCUGAAAGUGAAAAGAAAAGUGUUGUCCAAGAAUGUAAAUUAGAAGCAGAUAGCGAACUUCGUUUUGAAAUAGAAUCCAAACAUGAAAAAGUGUACCUGAUCUUAAAAUCGGGGAUGGCCGAAGUCUUUGGCACAGAACUCGUUAAGGGAAAGACGUACGAGUUCUCCUCAGGGGCUAAAGUAGCGGUGUUUACUUGGCAAGGAUGUGUUUUGGAAUUAAAAGGUAAAACAGAUGUUCAUUAUGUGGCCAAAGAAACUCCGAUGGUUAUCUAUACAAAUUGCCAUGCUGCGUUGGAGAAAAUGAGAAUAAAUGCGGAAAAAGACAAUAAAAAAGGACCCACAACUAUGAUUGUUGGGCCUAUGGAUGUGGGGAAAAGUACUCUUUGUAGGAUUUUGUUAAAUUAUGCAGUCAGGAUGUCACGGAGGCCUAUUUUUGUUGAUUUAGAUGUAGGGCAAGGACAAAUUUCUAUUCCAGGAACAAUUGGUGCUUUAUUAAUUGAAAGGCCUGCAUCAAUCGAUGAGGGUUUUUCCCAAGAAGCUCCUUUAGUAUACCAUUUUGGCAACAAAACGCCCAGUGCAAAUACCGCUUUGUUUAAUAUGAUUUUAACUCAAUUAGCGACGACUGUUAAAGAAAGAAUUGAAGUUAAUAAAAAAACAAAAAUGUCUGGUGUUAUCAUCAACACAUGCGGUUGGAUUAAAGGAGAAGGGUACAAAUCUCUUUUACACGCUGCUACAGUAUUUGAAGUUGAUGUGAUUUUAGUAUUAGAUCAAGAAAGACUUUAUAAUGAAUUGGUUAGAGAUAUUCCUAAUUUUGUUAAAGUUGUUCUUUUACCAAAAAGUGGUGGGGUUGUUGAACGUUCAAAAAGUGCACGCUCCGAAACACGCGAUCAACGCAUACGAGAAUACUUUUAUGGGUCACCAAAAAAUUCUUUGUAUCCCCAUUCGUUCGAUUUGAAAUGGAGUGAAAUUAAGAUUUAUAAAAUCGGCGCUCCCGCGUUACCAGAUUCUUGUUUACCACUUGGGAUGAAAGCCGAGGAUCAUUUGACGAAAUUAGUCCAAGUUACUCCUAACCCUGGAUUGUUACAUCAUAUCUUGACCAUUAGUUUCGCAGAAAAGGAUGAUGACGAUAUGAUUAAGUCGCAUGUUGCUGGAUUUAUUUGUGUGUCUAACGUGGAUAUGGAACGACAAACAAUCACUGUUCUCUCACCUCAACAUAAACCGAUUCCAAAUAAUUUUAUGUUACUUUCAGAGUUGCAGUUUAUGGAUAGUCAUUAAAAAUCGAUCGGAAUUUUUGAUUAUGUUAAUAUAGUUUCUUUUCAUUUUUGACAUAUUUUUGAUAUAGAAUAAAAUAUUUUUUUUAA